UCCAAAAACAAAAGAUGCGACGCCUGAUUGGUCAACGCCCAGUCAAUGUAUCACAGGUCGAUACGAUAGGUACGUCAAAUCCAUUGAUAAUCCUUGAGCGCGCUUUACUUGCUAAGUAAAAUCGCAGUCAUUGCAGUUCUCUGUUGGUUAUACUGUGAAGGUUUGUCGGAAAGAAGACAAGAUGGAAGUACUACUAGAUGCAGUAGCCAUUGAUGAUGUUGCCAAAGUCAACUCAGUCUUAAUUUCUUUAGAAUCAAACGCCGAAGUCGAAAACAACAGAGCUAACGACGACAUGAUCUUCUCAGACCAAGAUUUACGAGAUGCUUUUGUUCAAGCCGCAUUUUUUGGCUCUCUUAAAAGCCUUAUGUCUUUGAGGAAAUAUGUUUCAGAUAUUAAUGGCCUUGGAAAGCUGAGAGAUUGGUACCCAGACUACCGCGUCUCACCACUUCGAGCGGCGGUGGAGAAUGAUAAACUGGAGGUUAUAAACUGGCUUUGCUCUAUUGGCGCCGAUACCAAUUACCCCGAGUGCGUCUGCAGUAUUUACUAUUCAAAUCAUGUAUCCACUUCUUGUUUUUCGAACUUCUGCUCCAUUCCUUGUCAUGUGCCUUUACAUUUUGCUAGAUCUAGCGCAUGCGUAGACAUACUCUUGGCUCAUGGAGCGAGCAUCAACGCGCAAGACUGUAUGGGCAAAACUCCAUUGUCCAUGGCARCGCUCAAUGGACGCCUUGACGUGAUGGAAAAACUGUGUAAGGAAGGUGCUGAUGUGGGACUUGGGAGUAUCUGGGGAGCAGCACCACUGGUUUAUGCUCAGCAUAUACAGUUAAAGAAAGAUCGCAUUGCAGCCACCGAAAUUCUCUGUCGCUUUGGUGCUGAUGUCAAUUUUCAAGAUCGAAAUGGUAGAACUUGCUUACACGUGGCAAAGGAUGUGGAAUGUGUGCAGAUUGUUUUAGCUUAUGGAGCAGAUCCCAGUAUAGAAACCAUCUUCGGCAAAACUGCUAUUGUAACUGCUGCAGAAAAUCAACUGUGGUCAAUAGUGUGGAUUCUCUACGAUGCAGAGGUACGCACCAACAUUGGUCUCUUAUCCAGUGGAGUGUCGUUGUUUUCGUCUCUCCCAGUAGAUGUAUUAACUUGGUUGCUCAAGCUUUCGAAUGACGUCCGAGACUUGACCCAUCUUUGUCGAUCUGUUAUAAGAUCACAGUUACUAAGAAAUAACAGUAACAUGGACGAGGCAAUUGCUUGUUUGCCCAUCCCCCCACGGGUCAAGUUUUAUUUAGCCCUGUGGUACCAUACUCAGGAUUCCGACUUGCUAUAAACCAACCGCGAUGGUGUUGCUGGAAAACGCGUAAUUCAACCAUUAUUAUCAGUAGGAAUUGUGGAAUUACAAAUGGCCGUUUCGAUAUAAUAAUUUUACUGGCAGUGAAACACGACACUGGUAAUGAACUACUAAGCAGGGAGGUCUUCGCUCUCUUGACCUAAAUGUCACAAUAGACCUUUUUGUCGAUACGGCGGCCAUCUUGUAUUCUGUUGUUUGAAUUAAAAUCAUUUGAAAACCUAACACCGCCACUAUAUCAGCUUUAUAAAUUUUCAACGUUUGCCCGCAUUAGAUAGCGUAAUUAAAGAUGGCCGUACAGUGCGGCGGACGAUUCAUCAAAUAAUGUUCAGUUCAUCAAUAAAAGUGGAACUUGACAAGUUACCAUCGA